UCGGGGGACGGACAGGUCGCUACAUUAUUACUAUCAACCAUAUCAAACUACAGUAUACAUGCGUAAACCGCGAAUCCGUGUUAUCUUCUAAAGUCAAUGUGUUCGAGUUGUUAAGCCAGUCGCUGUGACUGGUUCGCUAUUUACAAUAUUUGUGAGUAGCUUUAGAAAAUAGUUCCGGUGCGGAUUGGCUAAGCGCGUGAACGGCGCGAGCUCGGGCCCGGGAACAAGCAUAAGUACGAGUGUAUUUAUCUUUGUGUGUAACCAGCAUUGCUCAUUCCAGUACGGUUGACAAGACAUAUAUAUCCGAGUUAUGGAGUCACCCACAGGACAGCAGAUGAGAGAGAUGCACCACCCCAGCCCAUCCCCCGGGCUGACACCCGCGACGCACCCUCUCAACCUAAUGAAUAAGCUACAGAAGCCGAUGAGUUACAGUUCCCCGCCACCGGUGCCAUGCAAUCCAGAAAAUAAUGUGUGUAAAUUAAUUGAAUAUCGAGGUGCAAAAAUUGCAGCUUUUGUUGUGGACUGUCGUGAGCUUAUAUGUUUACCCCAAGUUUUUGAACUAUUUUUGAAACAUCUUGUUGGAGGACUUCAUACAGUGUAUACUAAACUUAAACGACUUGAUGUUACACCGACGGUUUGUAAUGUGGAACAAGUGAGAAUUUUACGAGGUUUGGGGGCAAUUCAACCAGGGGUCAACAGAUGUAAGCUCAUCUCAUGUAAAGAAUUUGACCUCCUCUACGAAGAUUGUACAAACUCGAGUGCCAGACCUGGCCGACCACCCAAAAGAAGCCCAUCAAUACAUGCGAGUCCAGAAACAAUAGAAAAACUGAAGAAAAGUCGUCUAGAUGGCAGUGAUUACCAGUUUGAUCCAAGACUCUAUGACCGCAAAGCAUUACUCAAUGGUUUUCCACACCAUCCAUAUGCCCUGGGACCACUGCCAUUUAUGCACCUGGGACACCCGAUGAUAGCGCCCCCUGUUUCCAUUGCGAUGGCUUCUCACCUCGGAUUACGACCAGACGGUUCCAUCAUCAAAGAUCGCUCAAGUUCAGAAUCAGACUUAAUGGCAUCAAGGACUCGUGAUGAUGUGAUUGAAGGAAAUCCAAGAACAUACAACCCAAAUUCACCGUACAAUAACGACCAUUCGUUACAUAAAGGCCUAGGAAGUCUAUAUACCAGUAUGUAUCCUGCACUGCAACUCAUGAAAUAUAAUAAACCUCUCAAUCUACAUGUGAACGGCCAUUAUAAGGACCAGAAACCAUCUUCACAUCCAAGGAGUGAUGAAGAAGAGAUGGAUGAUGAUAAAUUAUCAGAUGAAGAUCCUGAUGAUGAUUUAGAUGACAAAUCAGAUAUCAACGACACAUCAUUUACACAAGAACCCACCGAUAAAUCAACAAAUCAGAAUCUGUCACAUACCAGUCAACUUCUAAAUGGAGAAACAACGGGAAUAUCUUCCAUCGAAACACUGCUGCUCAACAUACAGGGUCUACUUAAAGUGGCUGCGGAGAACGCAAGGCACUAUGAUCGACAGAUUAACCUCGAAAAAGCCGAGUUGAAAAUGGAAUUGAAGAAAGAAAGAGACAUGAGAGAGACAAUAGAAAAACAAUUAUUGGAAGAACAAAAAAACAGAGUGAUUUUACAAAGAAGAUUAAAAAAAGAGAAGAAAGUGAGAAGGAGAAUGCAAGAAACUAUGGAAACCAGUCCGGGUAAUCUUGGUCUAAAUUCUAGCAGUAUUGAUAAUAAUAAACUCAACUCUAGUCCUGACUGUAAUCGUAAUAACAUAGAUUCAGCUGAUCCUGACUCAGAAGCAGAUAAUAAAUCAGUCAAUUUAUCUGAUUGUGACAGUAAAACAGAAGGUACUCCUGAAAGACCAUCGCAUCGAGAUGUCUAUGAUAGCUACACUGCAUCAUUGAAUGGGAGUGGCCCUCCGCGUUUUCCAUACAUGCCCUUAAUACAUGGUGAAGUACAGUGAAGCAAAGGGACAUGUCAUACCUCACCCAUUAAUAAAUUACUCUUAACACUAAAAGUUUUGAACUUAUAAAUCGAUAAGUAAAACUGAGGACAACUUUACACAUUGAAUGAAAAUAAUUGUUACAAACGACUAUACCAAGGAAAAGCCAAGGACAGUUUUCAACUGAAAUAGAAAUCAUGUGAAAUUGUGAAAAAUGCUAACUUUUUGGUGAACAGGUAGUGAAAAAAAACAGUGACAGAUUUUUCAUGAAAGACUAUUACAAACAUGAUAUUUCUAAAUAAAUACUUAUUAUAUUAUUAUUAUUAUUAUGAAUUAUGAUAUGCCAUUAAUAUGAGGGGUUUAUUAUUAUAAAUGUAGAUAUAUCAUAUUUAAUACCUGUUUAAUGUCCACAAGGUUGUGCACCAAAAUGCCUCUUAAAGUGUAUUAUUGUAGGUUUAACCCUUUGAACCCUAACAUAAAGUGUAACUGCAUUGGCCUCGACUCCCCAAAAACCCAUUUAUUUAUCCUAUAAGAUGCCAUAACACUCUUAGAUCAAUGCAAUGCAUAAUCAAAAAAUAAAGAAAAUAUAUAUGUAAACAAUUGACCCUUAUAAAUGCUUAAAAAGAUAGCACAAAAAAAAAACAGUAUUAAUAGGUUCAGAGGGUUAAAUUAAAUGAAGAGACAAAAUUUUGAGUGAAUUUUUCUCAACUAAAAAAAAUCAUGAGCACAUUUAAAUUUUGAUUCAUACGUGGUUCGAUGAGGAGAAAGAAGGAAAUAAAAUGGAUGUAUUUGGUCCAGAGGAGAACUUUCGAUAUCCCACGACACUAACUUUAAAUGUUCCUCUUUAAAAGAGUGCACUUUGCUCAACAAUGCUCAUUAGGUUAGAAAUAACUUGAGCUUAAUUUAAUUGGUUGUGAAAAUUAUUAAAAUAGAUGGUAUUAAAUACUCAGUAUUAAAUACUGACAUUUUGAUCCACAUAGUAAAAUACUUCUAUUAAUCUGUUUCUUCAAGAAUUUCUGGAAGCGGGGAUGAAAUUUUAAAUUACUUAAUACUUAAACUGAUACUAAUAGGGAGUAAGGGGUUGUAGAGUAAAAUUCUUCGUGAAUUUCUGAAAGUGGGGGAUGAAAUUUUAAAUUACUUAAACUGAUAUGAGGAGUAAGGGGUUGUAGAAAUAAAUACCCUCAAAAAGUAAUGAUUUUGUUGAUUAACUUCAAUUAUUGGGCAUGUUUGAUAAUAACAAAAUUGGAUGGUCCAAAGGGAGGCUUUAACCCAAUGCUCCCCUGUUGCAAAUCUGGCCAUGGUAAAAAAUAUUUUAUUUUAAAAAUUGAAUUUAAAAUAUAGAAUAUAAGUGCAGAACAUGCAAAUUAGUUUAAUGCGACUUGACCACGCAAAAUACCACAAAAUAUUACAUUUUGUUCUGUUGUGGUAUUUCAGUUGUAAUUGACAGAUAGUCUUUUCUGAAUUAAUGAAAUUCAUUACAAGGCAGGCAAACCUAGCCAUAAUGAGGCAUAUAGCUGUAAAUUUGUGAAGAACAAGGAAUAGGGAUAUUGUUAAGAUUUGAAAUUUGAACCAUUUAUUCGACAUACCACAAGUACAUCCAAAGUCCUCAAUAGUAGAUAUAAAUACAAUCAGAUUAAAACACAGAACCUAUUUCGUUUUGUUUUUUAUAGUUCGAAAUUUCAUUUUACUUGUCUAUACUACACUAGGAUCAGAAAGAGUUGUUGAUGUGAGGGAUUAGCUAAUGAAACGGCGAGUUCUUGAUGUGCACGGAACUGUGUGUAAACCACUAGAAACAUCAAAGUUGAUUGAUUAAUCAAUGUCUGACAUCAUAAGGUCAAAAGCCACUUGUAUGACCCCCGACGCGACCUUUCAGUACAACCGGUCAGAUCUUCAUGUAGUGGAGGCCAUCGAAAGUAUAAAAAAACGAAACAAAAUUUAGAUGUAUAUUUGAAUAAGAUUGAUAUAAAUGUAAAUUAAUCCUAUAAUAUGUUUGCUGUAAAAUAGAAUAACUUCUUUAGAAUAAUAAAAUAUAUUCAUUUAUUUCCAUUGGAGCAAAAUUAAUAAGGUGAUUAAUUAAGUUUUGGUUUAUAAUAUGUUGAAUAAAGUUGUAUUCACAUUAGUUCAUUCAUCUUUCAUAUCAAAAACAAAAACCAUGAAUUUAUUAACUCAAAUAAUCACCAAUUAAUGGCACAAUUUGUUUACAAUCAUGUACUUGCCACAAUCGUGAAAAUAGAACUUCUAUGGCACUACCAUAUCCUCGACCACCUAGUAUAUUCCGCCCCCAACCCACCUGUCUACCAAUUAUAAACCUUCUCUCUCCGAUUUAUUAUUACUCACCAACCUCAUUGUAUAUUUCAUAUAUGUAUUAUACAAUAAAUGUGUAGUUAUAAAAUUAGUAUAUGUAGUAAUAUUGUAGAUGUAGAUGUUGUCAUAGUUAUAAAAUGAUGUUCAUUGUAUUUUGUAUAUUAUGUGAAUAUUAUAUAAUAUGAUGUGUAAUGUACAUAUUGCUAUAAUGUUAUAUUAUAAUGUGUAUGUUAUAAUGCUAUAAUGUUUAUCUUAAAAUGCUAUUAUUAUGUAUAUGUUA